CCAAAAUUCCAAUCCAACUGCUGCAGGCUGACGGCUGCACCUACCCCCAGCGGCCUUGCCGGGAAGGAAGCGGCAGUGGAGCCGGCCGGCAGCUGCAGCUGCAGCUACCCCGAAGCCCCGCGCCCCCGCCACCGCCAUGGCAAUCCACCUCCGCGCCCACGCCUUCGCGGCCAACCCGCUGCGUGGCGUCUCCGCCGCCACCACCGCCGUCUCCCCCUCCGCGGCCGCCGAGGUUCUCCGCUCCCUUCUCGACCCCAGCUCCGCCGCCGCCGCCAAUCCCCAGCCGUACCUCUCCAAGAUCCUCCCUUUCCGCCGGGGCCGCCCGCUUGCGCGCUCCACGGACCCUCCUCCCGCGUCCGCCCCCGCCGCGGCGCCGGCCUGGUGCCUUGCGUGGCUCCCGCCGUCCCGCGUCCCCGGGCUCGCCCCGGACGCCUUCGUCUUCCUGGGCGCGCAUGUCGAGGGCGGCGGCAAGGAGGCCGCCGCGUACUGGGCGGUCGACGUCAGCGAGGGCGAGGGAGCGACGGUCGGUGGGCCGGCGGACGGGGAUGGGCCGUCGGCGUUUGUGGACUUGAGGACGCUCAUGGUGGCCACGGACUGGAGCGACAAGCACGCCAUGGGGGAGCUCGCCAUCGCAGGACAUGCUCGAGCACUGCUCGAAUGGCACAGCACGGCAAAGUUUUGUGGAGCAUGUGGAGCAAAGGCUGUUCCUACUGAAGCCGGAAGGCGUAAGCAGUGCAGCAACGAGUCCUGCAAGAAGAGGAUAUACCCUCGAAUUGAUCCUGUUGUGAUCAUGUUGGUCAUUGAUAAAGAAAAUGAUCGGGCGCUCUUAAGUCGCCAGUCAAGAUUUGUGCCUCGUAUGUGGAGUUGUCUUGCUGGUUUCAUAGAGCCAGGAGAAAGCCUGGAAGAGGCAGUGAGACGAGAAACCUGGGAGGAAACUGGUAUUGAAGUUGGACAAGUCGUUUAUCACAGUUCUCAACCAUGGCCUGUUGGGCCAAAUACUAUGCCCUGCCAACUAAUGAUGGGCUUCUUUGCUUAUGCUAAAACGUUGGAGAUAAAAGUGGACAAGCAGGAGCUUGAAGAUGCCCAGUGGCACAGCCGUGAAGACAUCAAGAAAGCGUUGACGUUUGCUGAAUACGAAAAAGCUCAGAGAACAAAUGCUGCCAAGGUCAAUCAGAUUUGCAAGGGUGCUGAGAAAGGGCAGAGCCUCUCUGGUGACUUCAAAGUCGAAAGUGGUGAGCCUGCUCCAAUGUUCGUCCCAGGACCCUUCGCCAUUGCUCAUCACCUUAUCUCAGCAUGGGCUUUUGAGGGAGUACCAAAGCUGCCUAGUUCCUUCUCAAAUCUAUAAGCCUGGACCCUAGUGUUCAGACACAUCAGAUGGCAGGAACUGGAUCCCUGGGUUGGAGGCUCAUGGAUUAUCUCUGUGUUGUUGUGAGUGUAAUUCUGAUACUAUUCAUUGCCGGUUGUAAUAAAAUGUCAAUAGAGUUAGGUACAGAAGAUUUCCCGGAGGAUUUGGCAUCAACGGAUAUGUAUAUCCUUUUUUUUUUUUACAUUUUAUCCUUUUUGUAUCACACGUAACAUUGCAAAGAUACAAUGAUAUACAACACAAAUUGUACUCAUGCAUUUAUACAUAUAUAUAUUCAGA